AUUCAUUUUUCUACUUCACUUCAUUAUAUAUAAACACUACUUGUAAGCUUGAAAAUUAAUUUGUAUUAAAACUAUAUAUUAUAAGCUUUAUAUUGCAUCUUUAGUAAUCAUGGUGUUACUACUUGCUAUCGAGUUGUGCGUAGCCGCUAUAAUAUUUAUCAUAGUACAUAUUAUUAUUUCAAAAUUAAUAGCCAUCGGACAGGGGCGGGAUCGGCUUUCGCUCCCGCCAGGUCCGAUGGGGUGGCCGGUGAUUGGAGCGCUUCCACUUUUAGGUGGCAUGCCACACGUGUCACUUGCAAAAAUGGCCAAAAAAUAUGGACCUAUUAUGUAUUUAAAAGUUGGCACUUGUGGUAUGGUUGUUGCUUCUACUCCUAAUGCAGCUAAAGCUUUCUUGAAAACACUUGAUAUUAAUUUCUCCAAUCGUCCAACUAAUGCAGGUGCCACACAUUUGGCCUACAAUGCCCAAGACAUGGUUUUUGCACCCUAUGGACCACGUUGGAAGUUGUUAAGAAAAUUGAGCAACUUACACAUGCUAGGUGGUAAAGCCUUAGAAGAUUGGGCUAAUGUUCGUGCCAAUGAGCUAGGCCACAUGCUAAAAUCGAUGUUCGACGCGAGCCGGGAGGGCGAGCGCGUUGUGGUGGCGGAUAUGUUGACAUUCGCGAUGGCGAACAUGAUAGGUCAGGUGAUAUUAAGUAAGAGAGUGUUCGCGGAAAAAGGGGAAGAGGUGAACGAAUUUAAGAACAUGGUCGUGGAACUGAUGACUACAGCGGGAUAUUUUAAUAUUGGAGAUUUUAUUCCUCAACUAGCUUGGAUGGAUUUACAAGGAAUUGAAAGAGGGAUGAAAAAAUUACACAAAAAAUUUGAUGAUUUAUUGACAAAAAUGUUUGAUGAACAUAAAGCAACUAGCAACAUUGAAAGAAAAGGAAAACCUGAUUUUCUUGAUAUUGUUAUGGCAAAUAGGGACAAUUCUGAAGGUGAAAGGCUCAACACAGCCAAUAUCAAAGCACUUUUGCUGAAUUUGUUUACUGCUGGUACAGACACUUCAUCUAGCGCAAUAGAAUGGGCACUUGCAGAAAUGAUGAAAAAUUCAACAAUUUUGAAAAAAGCACAACAAGAAACGGACCAAAUUAUUGGAAAAAAUAGACGUUUAAUUGAAUCUGAUAUUCCAAAUCUACCUUAUUUACGUGCAAUUUGCAAAGAAACAUUUCGAAAACACCCUUCAACACCAUUAAAUCUCCCUAGGGUAUCGAACGAGCCAUGUAUGGUCGACGGUUACUACAUACCGAAAAACACUAGGCUUAGCGUCAACAUAUGGGCGAUUGGACGAGACCCUAAUGUGUGGGAGAAUCCGCUCGAGUUUGACCCCAAGAGGUUCAUGAGCGGGAAAAACGCGAAGAUUGACCCUCGAGGGAAUGAUUUUGAGUUGAUUCCGUUUGGUGCUGGACGAAGGAUUUGCGCGGGGACAAGGAUGGGAAUAGUGAUGGUGGAAUAUAUAUUGGGAACUUUGGUUCAUUCAUUUGAUUGGAAAUUACCAAAUGAUGUUAUGGAGAUUAAUAUGGACGAAUCUUUUGGAUUAGCUUUGCAAAAGGCUGUCCCUCUCGAAGCUAUGGUUACUCCGAGGCUACCUUUGGAUGUUUACUAUGCAAAUUGAAACUUUAUUUGGUUUCAAUUAUUACGAGUCUUUCUGACCACCUAUAGUGCAGUUUACCUACUAAAGACCGUAUCGUGAGUAACUUUAAGUGUUAGCUACAUAUAAAAAUAAUGCUAUAUCUUGAAAAUGGGUCUUUUUUGUAAUUUACUUGGCUAUCUUCUAAUAAAUUCUUGUGCUUGUGGAA